CAGAUUACAUUGCCUCCCUCCACUUUUUUGGUAAGAAAAAUGGGCUCUUUGGAAACUCUCAAGGUUCCAGUCAUGGACUUCACCAAGCCUGGUGCACUAAACCCAGGCAGUCCUGAGUGGGAUUCACUGAAAGUUCAAGUGAAGGAAGCACUCAAAGAGUAUGGCUGCUUUCAAGCGUUGUACAACAAAGUCCCUGAAGAGCUCCGCAAGGCCCUUUUUAGUGCAGCUGAAGAGCUUUUUGACCUACCUACACAUAUUAAAAAGCUCAAUGUUUCUGCACAACCCUUUCGUGGUUAUAUUGGCCAAAACCCUACCGUGGUUGAGGGGAUGGGGGUUGAAGGUGCCCAUGUCUUUGAUGAGGUCGAAAACUUCACUAAUACGUUUUGGCCUCAAGGGAAUCCUAAUUUUAGCAAAACUAUACACUCUUUCUCGAGGCAGGUAGUGGAGUUGGAAAAAAUGAUUUGUAGGAUGGUUUUUGAAAGUCUGGGUGUUGAGAAAUACUUGGAGAAACACAUGGACUCCACUGACUAUAUUCUCAAGUUCAUGAAAUAUUCACCACCUGAUCAAAACACUGCAAGUACUGGUCCUCAUGUUGGUCUACCUUCUCACACAGAUAAAUCCACCAUCAGCAUAUUAUAUGACAACGAAGUUGGUGGUUUAGAGAUACAGAACAAGAAUGGAGAUUGGAUCAACGUCCAAUUAUCACCAGACACGUUUCUCGUCAUCACCGGUGAUGUUUUCCAUGCGUGGUCGAAUGGGCUUUUGCAGAGUCCAUAUCAUCGUGUAACGAAGAGAGGUGGGAAGGAGACGAGGUACUCGGCACAAUUGUUUUCAACUCCAAAAGAAGGUUAUCUGGUGAAGGUUCCAGAGGAGUUGGUGGACGAGCAACACCCUUUGCUCUUCAAACCUUUUUGCCAGAGUGAAUACACCAGGUUCUGCGCUGCUAGUCAUGCUAGUGGGAAGGGUGAUGCUACUAUUACAGAUUAUUGUGGCAUUUAGUCACUCUUAUCAUAUAUA